AAAAGGUCUCCAGCGAGAUAGGCGAGGGGAGCCGAUACCUCGGAAGAGACCAUGCUUGCUCUGGCGGAACGCUGCCUUUGGGUGACCGCUGCCCUCUCCGUGCUGCUUCAGGCCAGUGCCUCGCCUAUUCUGGAUUACUCUGGGGAAGAGCAGUCCAGUGAGGAUCCCUCUUCCAAGCCUUUGCCGACCAGAUACUCCCAGCUGCGCAAUUGCGUGCGUCUGGCUAAGGAGCUCAGGAAUAGGGCUUCCCAGCUUUGGAAGAAAGAGCUGUGUGAGAAGCAAACGAUAUGUCAAAACAACACUGAAAUACUGUCUCAGAAUAAUCUCCGCUUUCCAAAGAUCACUACACAAGAUGAAUGCCCCCCACAUGGAUUCAACAAGGAAAGGUGCUUAAGAGGAAUUUCAAGUGGCCUUUACGCAUACCAGGCUUUCUUGGAAUAUAUAAAUAAAACUUUUAUUAGUGAAGAACAAAAAACUGCACCUUUAUGGCUGAAAACAAAGGAACUAGCUCAUACCCUGCAGUCAAUGACGAACACUCCAGAUACUGUAACCAUGCCUUCUCCUGACACUCAGGAAGCUCUUUCAACACAGCUACAUAGGCAAACUGGCUGGAACAGGAAGGUCAUCCACUACCUCAUACUUCAAGAUUAUGUUUUAUUUAUGCAGAAAACUAUAUGGACUAUACGUGGCCUUAUAGAAAUAGGCUGGGAAUAGGAAUGCUUUAACUCGGAUGCAUACCACAUAAUCUGCAAAGAAGCAGAUACCAUAGUUGUUCUCCUUUGAGAACUGAGUGUAUUAAUCUAAUAUUCUUCUUGAAUAUGUUUACAUUUAAAAUAUUUAUUCAAUUUUAGUACUUAUUUAUAUUUUUGAGAGUUAUAAACUGCUUUAAAAGGGAAGAACUACAAUAUUUAAAUUUUGAAUGAGCAUUGCACAGAUUUCAGUAUUUACUGAACAUAUCACUUGAAAAUUACGGGUGUUAUAUCUAAAUUAUGUUUUUUAAAUUUUAUGAGAAACUUUAUUUAAUAUAUAUGAAAUACAGUGGUUUAAUAAACAUAAC